CCCUCCGAGAGGACACCAGGGACCAGCCGGGAGGGCAAGAAGCACCUCAGGGCCUGGAAAUAAGCCCAGACAAUCCAGACAGGCAGGUUUGGUCCCUCUCACACACACCACCCCAGACUCCAGAGGUCCCUCUGCAGAAGACGCCAUGAGCACAGAAAGCAUGAUCCGGGACGUGGAGCUCGCAGAGGAGCAGCUCCCCAAGAAGGCAGGGGGCCCCCAGGGCUCCAGGCGGUGCUGGUGCCUCAGCCUCUUCUCCUUCCUGCUGGUGGCAGGGGCCACCACGCUCUUCUGCCUGCUGCACUUUGGGGUGAUCGGCCCCCAGCGGGAAGAGUUCUCCAGUGGCCCCCCCUUCAGACCCCUGGCCCAGACGCUCACACUCAGAUCAGCUUCUCAAAACGAUAAUGACAAGCCGGUGGCUCAUGUUGUGGCAAACCAGCAAGCAGAGGAGGAGCUGCAGUGGCUCAGCAAGCGUGCUAACGCCCUCCUGGCCAAUGGCAUGGGCCUGAGCGACAACCAGCUGGUGGUGCCUUCGGAUGGGCUGUACCUCAUCUACUCCCAGGUCCUCUUCAAGGGCCAAGGCUGCCCCUCCUACCUGCUUCUCACCCAUACCGUCAGCCGCUUGGCCGUCUCCUACCCGGAAAAGGUCAACCUUCUCUCUGCCAUCAAGAGUCCCUGCCAGAAGGAGACCCCAGAAGGGGCUGAGCGCAAGCCCUGGUAUGAACCCAUCUACCUGGGAGGCGUCUUCCAGCUGCAGAAGGGUGACCGGCUCAGCGCUGAGGUCAACCUGCCUCAGUACCUUGACUUUGCCGAUUCCGGGCAGAUCUACUUUGGGGUCAUUGCCCUGUGAGAAGGACGGACGUCUCUCCAUCCCUUCUCCUUCCCCCACCAGUUCCUUGUGCCACUCAGUCCUUCCGGUUGGGUCCCCUCACCUUCUCCUGGUUCAGAAAGGGAAUUAGGGGUCAAGGCCAAAACCUGAGCUUAAAACUUGAAACAAUACCAUUGCUCAGGAACUCAGGGUGCAGGGAUGCCUGGUGUAGACCGUGGGGUGCUCACUAACCACGUCAAGAACUAACUGGGCUUCCAGAACUCACUGGGGCUCACAGUUUGGAUCCCUGAAUUCAACUUGGUGCAUCUGGAAUGUGAGGAUCAGGAAGGUUCUCAACACCCCCUGGGAAGACCUCACCUAGAACUUGACCAGUGAACCGCAGGCCUUCCUCUCUUCAAAUGCUUCCAGAACCUUCCCUGAGCUAUAGAGCCCAACCCUCCCUCCCCACAGGGCCAAGCCCCUCUAUUUAUGGUUGCAUUUGUAUUUAUUAUUUAUUUAUUAUUUAUUUAUUUACUGAUGAUUGUAUUUAUUUGGAAGGUUAGAGUGUCCAGGGCCCAUCAGAGGAACAGUCCGGGGUCAGACAUGUUUUCUGUGAAAACAGAAUGAAAUGCAGACUGUUCCCACCUGGCCUCUCGGCCUCUGAACCUUCUUUUGCUUUUUAAAAAACAUACUAUUUAUCUAAUCCAGUAUCUUAAUAAUCUGAUUUGGUGACCAACUGUCGCUGCAUCGCUGAAACUCUGCUCCCCAGGGGAGUUGUCUGUAAUCGUCCUACUGGUCAGUGGCGAGAAAUAAAGACUGCUUAGAAAAGAAA